AUGGAGGGUAUUUUAAACAAACUUAAUCUUGGAAGUUGUAUUCCCAACUUUGCCGAAGAGAAGAUCACUCCAGACAUUGUGUGCAAACUAUCUGCAUAUGAUUUGGAGUUGCUUGGUCUUAGCAGUCGCGCUAAUAUGAUGAGACUAAGAGUCGAGUGCGUAAAGUUUGGUGGGGGACAGUUGCCGAAAAUAAAUAGUAGUUGUGGAGCGCCAAAGUUUCAUAUCCCAAGGAGUGUGCUGAAAAAUCUCCUAGACGAAGGAUUUUCCAUAAAUGAAAUAUCGACUCUUUUAAGCGUUUCCGAGAGCACAGUUUAUAGAAGGAUGAGAAUGUUCGGGCUCAGCAAGUUGACAUUCAGCGACAUUUCAGAUGAUCUUGAUCGUGUAGUCAACAAUAUUUGUCAUGAUUUCCCUCAGUGUGGAGAGAAUAUGUUAAACCAAAUUCUCAGUG